AUGCAUUUUCUUAUCAUCCAUAUUGCUGUUAUUGUUUUACCUUUCGUGUUGAUGAUAGAUGUAAAAAGGGAGAAUUCUUUUUUUCUACGACACUCACCAAAAAGAUUAUACAAAAAAGCUGAUUAUAAUAAUAUGUAUGAUCAAAUAAUUAAGAAACAACAAAAUAGAAUAUAUGAUGUAUCCUCUCAAAUAAACCAAGACAAUAUUAACGGACAAAAUAUUUCAUUCAAUUUAACCUUUCCUAAUUAUGAUACAAGUAUUGAUAUAGAAGAUAUUAAGAAAAUUCUUCCACAUAGAUAUCCUUUCCUUUUAGUUGAUAAAGUAAUAUAUAUGCAGCCUAAUAAAACAAUUAUUGGAUUAAAGCAAGUAUCAACAAAUGAACCUUUUUUUAAUGGACAUUUUCCUCAAAAACAAAUUAUGCCUGGUGUUCUUCAAAUUGAAGCUCUGGCGCAGUUAGGGGGUAUUUUAUGUCUCAAAAGUGAUGAUAGUCAGAAGAAUAAUUUAUUUCUAUUUGCUGGAGUGGAUGGAGUAAGAUGGAAAAAACCUGUACUUCCAG